UGACGCGAAGUCUCCAGAAGUAAUGCAUUCAAUACAAAACAACAACAAAGUGUCACUUCUUAACGAACUUCCGGUUAACCACAAAGUCAUAGAUGUCACCGCAACCGCCGUUAUCAUCAUCAUCAUCAUCAACAAGAACAAUGUCUUCGCGUCAAACCUUUUGUCACCGAUAUUUGUCACGUAUUGCUGGUAUUAGUGCCGAAACGAUUGACAUAAUGGUUAUCAAUGGCUUUGAUUCGGUGUACACAUUACGGGCCCUCGAUAUGGAUAGAGACUGGCAUCUAAUACCUCCGCAGAUAUCUUUGGGACAGAAGAUACUGUUGCGUCAGGCGUUGGCCAAACUACCAGAUGAUGUCGCCGGCGAUGAUGACUAUAAUAGUGGUGACAAUCAUGAGAUGACCACUAGUCGGCGAUCGGUAUCUAACAGUCGGGUUUUCAUCAAUUUGGACGACAAUAAUGACAAAGUUUUAAAUAACAACAACAACGGGAAGCCGUCUCAAGAUGUGAACAGUGAUAAUCAAUUUUGUGACUUCUAUGAUGACCUAACAGUGCCAUCAAAUUCUAGUGAUUUUGAUUUGAAAAGACUUUCGUUGCAAACACAACCCGUUGUACUCAUAAGUCCGCUAAAAAUGCCGACCAAUGGAUCAAAAACUAUCGGCGAUAGUCGUCUUAAUUGGUCUGAUAUUAAAUCUAAUAGCAAUAAUCCAUUGAAAUGUGGUCACUGUGAUCGGUAUUUAUCAUCGGCGGAUAAACUUGAAAUUCAUGUGAAUAGUCGUCACCUGAAAUGUCGUCCAUUCAGAUGUAAUAAAUGCCGAAAAGGUUUCUUCUCUAACAUAUCACUACUCAAUCAUUUGGGCGAAAAGCAUGCAAUCAGACCGUUUGGUUGCGAUAAAUGUCAGUUCAAGGGUUGGACUAAAUGGCAUCUCGUAAAACAUAUGUUCAUUCACUCAAACAAUCGGCCGCAUGUCUGCGAUUACAAUGACUGCAACCAAUCGUUCAAACGCAAAGACUAUCUGCGUAUACACCAGAAAAGGAUUCAUUUAACUAAACGGAAAUUUGUCUGCAAUUACAAUGGCUGUGACCAGUCGUUUAAAUGCAAAGACUAUCUGCGCCGACACAACACUAGGGUUCACACUACAGAUCAGGAAUUUGUUUGCAAUUAUGAUGAUUGCAAUCAGUCAUUCAAAGCCAAAGAAUAUCUGAGAAUACACAAGAAAACUGUUCACUCGAUUGAUCAGUCAUUUGUCUGCAAUUACAAAGACUGUGAUAAGUCAUUCAAAGCCAGAAGCUAUCUUCGGCAACACGAAAGAAUGGUUCACUUAACUAAUAAACGACUUGUUUGCGACUACGAUGACUGCGACAAGUCGUUCAUAAGCGCAAGAACACUGCAUCGACACCAGAAAAUCGUUCACUCAACAGAUCGACCAUUUGUUUGCAAUUAUGAGAACUGCGACAUGUCUUUCAAACGCAAAGAUUAUCUGAUUUAUCACCAGAAAAAGGUUCACUUACUGAAAGUUCUUCCGAACGAAAGAUUUACUAUUUCUUCGGCAAACGAAUUAACCGAAACUACGAAUAAGACGUCAAAGAUUGAGAGACAUCGAUCAUCGACUGGUACGAUAGUUACCAGAUCUGCUAAUAAAUCAACUAAAACUACGGCACCACCGACAACAACACCAUCACUUAAUCAGAUGUUCACUCAGGAGAUGAAUGAACAACCGGUGAUUACCGAUUUUGCAGCAGACAUGGAGACGGUUGCUGUUGUGGAUAUCAAACCGUUAUCUUCAUUAUCACCGAUUCAGUUGUCAAAUCAAGUUGUUGAAGACGAGGAAAUCAUUAUUGCUAACAGUGGUGAACAACAACAACAGUUAUGUUCAGUAUGUGAACCAGAGUUGGCCCGAAUCAACGGUUUCGGCAAUUAUAUAUGCUAUAGUUGUGACAGUUUUAUGAAUCGUAUGGCCGCUGAAGCCUUGUACCGAACAAUGACCAGCAGACCGAAUGUCCAGUGGACACCAAUUUGGGAUGAUUUGAAUGAUUCAUCUAUAGAAAGUGCACGACCACCACCAUCUAUUAGGCCAACUAUAGAGAUAACUGAGCUUUGAGUCAAAAUUUUCAUAUCAAUAAGCAAUAUAAUAUGUUUUAUGAAUAAUAGCAUUUAAG